UGUGGCCAAGAUGAGAGAAACAUGUCGAACAAGCAGCUCCAGAAGUUUGCACUUCUGCCUACUCAUCCUCUUCGUUCUCUUUUUCAAAUCUGCAUCUGGACGGAAACUGACAUUUGCGGUUGUAAUUUAUCGACAUGGUGACAGAAGCCCCAUUGAAACUUAUCCCAAUGCGCUACACAAAGAAAGUGAAUGGCCACAAGGUUUUGGGCAACUGACAACGCUUGGAAUGCGGCAACAGUACGAGCUUGGACAGUACAUAAAGAAGAGAUACUCAGACUUUCUUAGUCCCACUUAUAAGCGAGAGGAGAUUUAUAUCCAGAGUACAGAUGUCGAUCGAACCAUUAUGAGUGCCCAAGCUAACCUUGCUGGUUUAUUCCCCCCCACUACUGAGGAGAUCUGGAAUCCACAAAUUCCUUGGCAACCUAUCCCAGUCCAUGUUGUGCCGAAGUCAUUCAAUCCACUAUUCUUCUAUCCUAGGCUUGACUGUCCACGAUUUGUUAAACUUAUGAAAGAAAGCUUCAGUUCAGGUGCAUUCAAGCUCCAACUGAAAAACUAUAUGCCACUCCUAGGUCUAAUAGCAUCUAAACUAAGAUAUGAUGCAAAAACUCUUCUGGAUUUGAACACUCACAUACUCUGGAAUUUUUAUGAUACUUUAUUUGUUCAGAAACUCCAUCGUCGUCGUAAUCCACACUGGGCAGAUGAGAGGAUGAUGGGUAAACUGAAGUCACUGAUAGAGUUAGCCAUAAGCACACUCUUUGGAGAGCCGAAAAGAGAAGAAAAAUCACAACUGCAAGGAGGUCUCCUUGUGAAAGACAUUUUGAAAAGGAUCGAUAACUUUGUUUCCAAUGCUGACCCCCGAAAAAUGAUGAUGUAUUCAGCACAUGAUACCACAUUAAUUGCUCUCCAAUCAGCCCUGAAUGUGUACGAUAGAAAGUUACCUCCUUAUGCUGCCUGCCACAUUUUUGAGCUCUAUCAAGAAAGAAAUGGUCAGUACACCGUUGAGAUGCAGUACCUGACCAGCGUUACUAGAGCCGCUACUCCACUCACGUUGCCGGGCUGUUCACGGGCUUGUCCGCUUGACAAGUUUAAACAGUUGCUUCAGCCUAUCAUCGUGGAUGACUGGCAAGCAGAAUGCAACAAGGCGUAGGAAGCCAUUAUAACUGUGAGAAAGCAAACCUAAAGUCAAAGGAAAGCCAAAGCAGCAUCAACAUCAUAAGAGGAAGGAAACAAGAUGUGCAUAAAUUACGCAAUGGCAAAAAUAGUUGCUAAAUCCCUCACAUUGUUCCAGGCAUGAAGAUUUUUGUCCUUCACAGAACUCAACCUUAAAUGUUCCCCUCAGCUCCACAAUGGCUAAACCCAGAAGUCCAGGCCUAUUGGCCUCUCUGGCUUUCCAGUGGACCAUGUUCCAGUGAAAUCAGCAUUGUUUCACAUUAUACACACCAUUGCAUUUGUUUGUUCCAGGACAGUAAAACAAAUAUUA